AUGGAGACGCACCAGCUCAAACCAGCCGCGAUCGGUUCCGUCCGGGCGUCCUCCCCUGGAGGGGGAGGGGCCAACCCGGGACGGGGAGAGGGAGGGGCGGGGGUUCGCCGGCGGCGCCCAGCCCCGCCCAACCCCGCCCCUCCCGGGCCCGCCGCCGGCCCGAGCAUGCGCACCAGCCGCGGGCCCCCGGGGCUCCGCUCGCCUGGCCGGCCGCCUAGGGCGGGGAGCGGCUCGCACGCCAGCCGAAGGAUUGCAAAACCUGCCUCUGACCGCCCGCCGGAUGGCAGCGUGUGCGCCAAGCCAGCGCUCUCCUUCCACCUGGCAUCAAAUGCCGCGUGCCCUCCGGCAGAGAACGGAAAUCGCUGGGCGCGAGCGGGCCACGUGGACCCUACCUGGCGGACCCCGGGCCCUUUCUUCCUGCGGGACGUCUGCAUAUGCCUAUGGGAGGACCUGGAGGUGAUCGUGGCGCAGCUCUACCCCCACGAAGAACAGGGGCAGGAGGCAGAAGGGGCAGCGGUCAGCGGGCAAAUUAAGAGGCACAGCUCUGGACAGCUCUCGAGCCGCUGA